CCAAAUAAAUACGGAGUAAAAAUUUAGACCCCCUCCCUUAUGGCUUCUUCUUGCUUCUAGCUCUGCUCUUUGCAUUUCCUGGAACUCCCUUUGCUGUUUAUUCUUUCUACUCAUAUCUGUUCCUGUGUUUCGUGAGUGUUGAAGAAAAUCUUGGAAUAUUCCGGCGACCCAGAUCGGAUUCCAGCUUUAGCAAUCCGAUUUCCGGGGGAAUGGGUAGUUGAAAUGUUAAUCUGCUCUUGGAGCUUAGUCGGAGAGUUCAACAUUGAUGGGGUCCUGUUUGAGUGUUGAAGAAGAAGCUGAAUUCCAACAACAAAAUAAUAAAUCUUCAAAUCAUGGCUCAGCGGUCCGCCCUGGAGUUGCCCCGUCUAUAGCCAAAGCAAAUUAUGCAAGUCCAAGGAAGACAAAUGCACCAGAAGCCCAUGAGACUGAUAGUGCAACCAAAAUUGUCGUAAUGCCCAAAAAUGUCAGGGAUUUGCGACAAAGUCCUGGGAAUAGUGAUCUUGAUAUCUUCACGUAUGAAGAAAUGAAAUUGGGUACCAAGCACUUUAGACCCGAUCAAGUUCUUGGUGAAGGUGGGUUUGGCCGAGUCUAUAAAGGAGUCAUAGAUGAACACGUGAGACCAGGGUACAUAACCACUCGUGUUGCCAUUAAAGAGCUUGACCCUGAAGGUCUACAGGGCGACAGAGAAUGGCUGGCAGAGGUUAAGUAUUUGGGGCAGCUUCGACAUACUAAUUUGGUGAAGCUCAUAGGGUACUGCUGUGAGGAUGAACAUAGGCUAUUGGUUUAUGAAUACAUGGCAUCUGGCAGCCUGGAGAAACACCUUUUUCCCAGAGUGUGUGCUACUCUUACAUGGUCAAGAAGAAUGAAGAUUGCUUUGGACGCUGCCAGAGGGCUUGCUUUUCUUCAUGGAGCAGACAGGCCCGUCAUAUAUAGGGAUUUCAAAACCUCAAACAUUUUAUUGGAUGAGGAUUUCAAUGCAAAGCUUUCAGACUUUGGACUUGCUAAAGAUGGGCCAAUGGGGGAUCAAACUCAUGUAUCAACACGAGUUAUGGGUACUUAUGGUUAUGCAGCUCCCGAAUAUGUCAUGACUGGGCAUUUAACCGCGAGAAGUGAUGUUUAUGGUUUUGGGGUUGUGUUGCUUGAGAUGCUAAUUGGGAGGAGGGCAAUGGACAAAAGUAGGCCUAGCCGAGAGCACAACCUUGUGGAAUGGGCGCGCCCUCUCCUAACCCACAGCAAGAAGCUCUUCAGGAUACUAGACCCCAGAAUAGAAGGGCAAUACACGAAUAAAACAGCGAUGAAGGUAGCCAACCUGGCGUACCAAUGCCUGAGCCAGAACCCGAAAGGGAGACCUGUGAUGAGUCAGGUAGUGGAAAUUCUUGAAUCCCUUCAACCCCGAGAGAAAGGUCCCGAGGCAAUUCUCCAGAGCGCAAGUGGCUCUGUCACGCUCUAUGAAGUGCCGAAAGCUUUGCCAGAAACUGGAAAUGACAAGGGGAGCUCACUCAAAGUCAAAUGUGAAAGCGAAAGAAAACCCGAGCCGGAGUGGACUAAAUCAAAUGGAAGGAGCAAGAGUGAACCGCCAGAAUGUGAUCUCUAUAGCCCUUCAGACCUUUGAGGAAUGAUCGAUCUAUUGUUUUAAGGUUAUCGAAGUUGUAUUGACAGUUGCUCCAUCUCUCAUUUUUGUCUCCUCGUCCCUCCAUUGCUGGAGCUUGCGAUGUAACACGAUAUAAGUUGUUCUUGCCAUAUAUCCAUCUGCUUUUUUUGUUACUUUCAAA